GAAAACCGUUUAGUUGGUGCGUGUGUGCGCGGUUGUGUGCACUUACAUGUACAAACUGGUGCAGGCGACAUAUAGUCACAUCUUUGUGGUGAAACGUAGCUGUAGUACAAUUCGGUUGGACUUAGACCGUCACACGUGUGAGUACUUGUAAUUACUCUCACUGAAUUGGCUUGCUCGGGACGGCAGUAUAGUUCAGAGUCGUCAGCAGGCCCAUGGUUAGGAUGGCAGCCGCACUUUUUGCUGUCACGCUUUCUGCACUCUGGACCGUUUCCAGCUGCGACCACACCGUGGAUGUGCCGAUCGGUGCAAUCUUUGACGGAGUCCAGAGUGACGAGGAGAAAGCGGCCUUUACCUACGCGGUAGAACAGAUCAACGCCGACAAGAAGAUUCUCCCUCAAGCCCGCCUGAUACCCCGGAUGGAGACGGUCGACAACGGGGACGGCCUGCUCGUAGUGGAGAAAGGUUGCUCGUUGAUGGCACAGGGUGUUGCCGCCAUCUUGUCCUCAACCUCCUGCUCAUCUAACCUGAUGCUGCAGUCUGUAUGUGACGUCAUGCACGUGCCUCACAUCUUCGUGUCACGUGACACAUGUGACGUCACUCCGGACACAAAGUACACCCUGAGUAUGAACCCAGCGGCGUUUGAGAUCGACAAGGCUCUGUCUGAUAUCAUCAGGCAGCAGAGGUGGAGGACCAUGGUGGUCCUGUAUGACGAUGAGCUCGCGUUCAGCAGAGCGGAAGCACUACUGCUGUUGACCCGAGGACUGGUCCCGGAGAUCGUCCUGCUCCGGCUUCCGUCCCUCUCCAACGGGAGCAACACCAGAGUCACCCUGCCCAGCAUCACCGAGGACCCGAGGAACCUGUUCAAACACGCUGUUCUACUUAGUACUGUGGAGAACAGCAUCAGCGUCAUUAAUGAGGCAAAUCAACGGGGAUUUUUCACACCAGAACACCACUGGAUCAUCGCAAAUGAGGCGAUCAGCGAUCACAAGAUCAAGGCAAUGAACAUGUCGAAAGGCCAGCUGACCGUUGCAAGAAGGCGUAUUCCCGAGACAGGAUACGCAUCGGAUUUUCUGAAGUAUUGGAACUCCUUGCCAACAAACCUGACGAAUGACACUGCAGAUAGUGUAUACGACAUCAAGAUGACGGCUCUGUACAUGCAUGAUGCUGUCUUGCACCUUGCCCAGGCUGUGUAUGCCUUAUUCAGGAACAGGCAGUGGAUAGGCCCCAACAAAUUAAGGUGUUCACUAGACGUGUCCCUACCAUGGCCAGGUGGUGCUCUGUUGAUGAAAGAAUUUAAGAAGCAGUCCGACGACGGUGGUGUUCUUGGAAACUCCAUAUUUGAGGAAGCAAAGCUGCAUUCAUCCCUAAGCUCUAAACUGAAGACACUAGCAAAGGAUGGAACAGGAAAACUCAUUGAUCCUACCUGGGACAGUUGGUGGCAUGCAGACAUCAUCUCCGAAGAGAACUUCUUUGAAGAGAUGAAGAGAAAGUCGGGCAUCAAAGGCAGAACGUUCAGAGUAGUAACAUUACAGGAAGAGCCAUUUGUGUUUAAGAAGAACGAGGGCGUGUACACAGGAUUCUGCAUCGACCUUUUGAAGGAGCUGUCCGCCAUGUUGGAUUUUGAGUACCUCAUCUACGAGGGGCAUGAUGGGAGAUAUGGUAGCCUCCAAGAAGAUGGUACUUGGGACGGGUUGAUGAAAGACGUUAUUGAAGACGAGGCAGACUUUGCUCUGGGUGCCAUACCAGUCACACCAGACCGAGAAAGGACACUGGACUUCACCAGGCAGUUCAUGGAGACUUCCAUUGGUCUUCUGAUCAGGCAAAGGGCAAAGAAGGCCGACUGGUUAACGAUUGUUAAACCGUUCCAUCUGAAGGUAUGGCUGUGUACGAUCGCGGGGUUCGCAGUGGUUAGUGUUGCCUUAUUUCUGUUACACCGCACGGGAUCCAGCGAAGAUGGAGAAAAUGUUGUUAGGAGCACAGACGACCCAAACCUAGCGGACACAAUUUGGUUUGUGUACGGCACAUCUGUUAGACAAGGCGGAGGGAUAUCUCUAAGGCGACUGUCCACUCGGAUCCUGACGGGCGUGUGGUGGCUGUUUAUCCUGAUCGUUCUGUCAUCUUACACCGCAAACCUUGCUGCCUAUCUCACCGUCACCAGGCUACAAACUCCCAUCACUUCAGUGGAGGAACUAUUAUCAUUCGGUUCCUACACCUUUAGCGCAUUACAGCGAAGUAGUGCAGUACACUUUCUGUCCGGGUCAGAUGAGCCAUCACACCAACACAUCUGGUCACUACUUGUUAGCAGAAACAAUAGUCUGGUGAAUGACACCACAGAAGAAGUUGAACGGGUCAAAGAAGGGUCACAAGCCUUGGUAGGAGACGUGCCCAUCAUGAAGCAUCUAGCAGACAGGGAUCCCAGUUGCCAACUGUCUGUAAUCGACUUCACAACGCGCAGCUAUGGCUACAGCCUUGCUUUUCAAAACGGUUCACAAUUCACCGAGGUUUUCUCGCUGGCAAUCCUUAAACUCCAAGACAGUGGCAGAAUGGAUGAGCUCAGACAGAGGUGGUGGCCAGGAAGGAGCAGUAAUUGUCCACUUCACGGCAGUCUUCUGAACAGCGAGACAACACAGCUCGACCUGGAGACCUUUGCUGCCGUCUUCUGCAUACUGAUAUUUGGUUUAGUGUUGGCGUGUACUACAUCACUGUUUGAAGCGCUUUGUCGGAGAAGUCGACAGCGGGCGGAAAUGUCUAAAGGAAAAGAAGCGGAGCUGAACGGUGACCUACAGAUGGGCAAGAUCAGCAGCAACACCAAGGUGUCACCAGGGGUAUCGGUGCACAGGGAAGACAACGGCGAGAUCCACAUCCACGUCUCACCGCCAGAACGGUUCCCUCCACCACCUCCUACACCUUUCCACUUGGCAAGAACCUAUUGUGAAUGCUGUGGUGACACGAAGAAAAACAAAGACAGUCCUGCAAGGCGGAAGUAUUGUUUCUGCUCCAGCCUAAAUCAAGAGGAGGGUGUCUGGACCACCGGGUCAACGGCCACGUCGGUAGAUACUGCGACAGACACUGUGCAGAACCCUGUAGAUUUUACUACAAAGCUAUAA